AUGGAGAAUCAAGGACAUAGUCGCCGUGACAGCAGCCCAAGGCCAAAAGAUCACCAGAACCAUCAACGUACCGGAUCGCAUGCCAGAGAACAACCAGUAAGGCAUAGUUCCAAUCACGAAAAGGGUGGACACAUGCAAGUCGCUGCUGCUAGUGGGGACAGAAGCAGCUCUCCGUUGAAACAAGAGAAUGGAACCAGGGAUAAAAUUGUACAAACAAUACAGAGUUGCCUGGACGUGGCUGUUGUAUUUUCCCCAGAGCUGUUUGAAACGUUAUUGGCAUCAUUGAUAAAAGGAAGGAAAGAGGCAGAGGACCAGUUCAACGCCAAGAUUCAGCGCUGCAAUGAUAUGAAAAAAAGCGCGGAGGAGGAUAAGACAAAUAUCCAGAAAAGCCGCAAGAUGUUAGAAAGGCGAAAAAAUCGGAAUGAAAAUGCUGAAAAGUUCAUACGUAUGUUGUACGAGACCAGCAAAAUCGUUGAAUCUGCGGAAAAACGGUACAAGGAGCUUGACGAUCUCAUAGGAAUGGUCGGGUUUGCUCAUAAUAAUUUCAACCAGCUAUUCAAGAAAGCUAAAGAAGAUAUUCAGGCUAUCCAGGACUCUUAUGGAACAGCGAGCAAUACACAGAAAUGA